GGUCAUGAGCGAGAGGGAGCCGCGUUGCCGCAACGUGGGUAUCAUGUCUUUGAGAGGUGCGUAUCGUUAUUUGAGAGGACUGGCGACAUGCAGCUAACAUUAACUUAAAUUUGCAAGACAAAUGACAUUUCGCAGCAGUGCAGUUGCUAAAGUAGCUAGCUAGUGAGCCACCGUAUCUGGCUCAAUAUUUUUUAUUUUGCUAACUUAGCGUGAAAUUAAACAGACAUGAGCCCCGCUUCGAGUCAGGCCAGCGCUUCAGCGCUCCCGGUCGCCCCGGACGCUCCGAGCACGCCUCUCUCCAGGACGGGGAGUCUUCGGCGCCUCUUCGGUCAUGUCAAAUACGAAAAUUUAGUGGCAGGACUGAGCGGAGGAGUCGUGUCGACUUUGGUGCUUCACCCCCUUGAUCUUGUCAAAAUCAGGUUUGCUGUGAGCGAUGGACUGGAACUGAGGCCCAAAUACACUGGGAUAUAUAACUGUAUGAAAAGCGUCUGGCAUCUAGAGGGAAUUCGCGGCCUCUACCAAGGGGUGACACCUAAUAUUUGGGGAGCUGGAGCAUCCUGGGGCCUCUACUUUUUCUUCUACAAUGCAAUAAAGGCGUACAAUCAGGAAGGCCGGCAGUCUGAGCUCAGAGCCACAGAGCACCUGGUUUCAGCGGCACAGGCAGGAACGUUGACCCUUUGUAUAACAAAUCCUAUCUGGGUAACAAAGACCCGCCUUGUCCUGCAGUACAACACUGAUCCAUCCAAGAAGCAGUACAGGGGAAUGCUGGAUGCUCUUGUGAAAAUAUACCGUCAUGAGGGAAUACCAGGAUUGUACAGGGGCUUUGUGCCUGGUCUGUUUGGCACAUCCCAUGGUGCACUGCAGUUCAUGGCAUAUGAGGAGCUGAAGAGAGACUAUAACAAAUACAAGAAGGAGUCGUCAGACGCACAGCUGAAUCCUCUGGAAUAUAUUGCCAUGGCAGCCCUGUCCAAAAUCUUCGCUGUGGCCACGACAUACCCAUACCAGGUGGUUCGUGCACGCUUGCAGGACCAGCACAAUAAGUAUGGCGGUGCAGUAGAUGUGAUCAGGAGGACGUGGAGAAACGAGGGGGCAGUCGGCUUCUACAAAGGCAUGGUGCCCAACCUGAUCAGGGUCACCCCCGCUUGCUGCAUCACCUUUGUGGUGUACGAGAACGUGUCCCACUUCCUCCUCGGCCGACACAAGUGAGGCAGGGGCGCAUGUCAUGGAAGCCAGGGCGGAGCUUGGGGCAACAGGCUCUCUGGAGACUCCGGACCGCGCGGGGGGGUGGCGUGCGGGUCUCUUCUCACCCGUGCCUCCGAGACGAGAGUCCUGACAGUGACCCACCAUGCAUGUGACGGUGUUGAAUGACAAUACCAAAACAAGGGACAAGAGGUCAGCUUUUUCACUGUGCCACCAACAUUCAGUGCUUCCUCACUAAGAAGAUGAUUGGCGUAGCUCUAGCAUCCCGGCUCCACUUUCUGAGUGUGUACAAACUGACCUGGAUUGCUUUCCUAAUGUUGUACUGGUUACUGUCUGAAAGCCUGUGGAAACUGUGGAUUCAGCAGCAUCUGCAGUUAAGUCAUCUCUGAAAUCUCAAUGACUCACAUUACCCAGAAUUCAUUUCAGGUUGGCUUCACAUUAAAAUGUGAGGUCCUUAUGAGAAUGAAAUAUUUAGCGUUUUUAAAUAAGAAUCUGCCCACUAGUUGGUCCCUGCUAAGAAAAGGGAUAUGACAUCAUUUCCAGCAGUGGAAGAGGAUUGCAGACAGGAAGUUUUUGACAUCUUAAACGGAGCGACGCACAGUUUUACAAGUGUGACUUGGAAACAGGGCAGCAGAAAUAGCUGUGACUGUGUGCGCACGCGUGUGUGUGUGCGUGUGUGUGAGAGAGAGAGGGUGAGGGUUUUCUUUGUUUAACUUAUUGGUUUGGUAAAUACAUUAUUGUGUACUGGUGACAGAUCUAUGCCGCAUGACAUCCUGCAGUCACAGCCACUGAAGGCUGUGUUGGUUAAGAUUGUGAAAUUAAAAGAUUAUUUCACUUGGCUGCAUUUCAGACAUUCUAAAAUGGAUUCUAAAAUGCCACGUUUGAUGAUGAUAACAUGCAGUUUACUUUUCACUCCACUUGGAGUUUGCCUGUUCGCCUUACAAUUCCAGAGAAAUUUGAUGUACUUCAAUGCAGUUCUGCUUAUUCAUACUGGCAAUGCAAAGGAUGUUUUAUCAUCUUGUCAGUGCAGGCCGCUGUAGACUCUCAACAAGUGCUAACACGUAACAAAACUGUUUUAUUAUCCAGAGCUAACAAACAGCACAGUCCAGUCAUAUACAGGAUCAGGCUUGACUUGACUGCCAUUCAUUCAUUUUUUUAUGUCCAACUUUUUUUUAAUCCAUUGCUUCCUAAUGAUGCUUUUUUAACAGUUGUCCUUAAUCUAUAAUUUCUUCUUUUAUUAUUUUACAAACAAAAUCAUUUUGUCAAUUUGGUUUUUGUACAAUUGUUUGUGGUACCAGAUGUUUUGACUCAGAUAGAGUCAGGUACUUUGUUUUUAAAGACAACACGUUUUUGACAGUUUUUAUUUUUAACACAUUGUUUUAUGUGAUCUCAGGGACAGGCAUCGUCAAAAACAUAACAGACGCACAAUAACACAAAGUUGCUGUAUACAAACACAUUACUGGUAAACAUAUCUGCUUGUACAGUACAUAAAACCCUUUGGGUUUUAAAAUAUAGGUUCCUGGACCCUAAUUCCUCUUGGUGAUCUUGAUUACAUAACUGCAGCAUAUAUAUGGAAUGUCUGUAAACUACUGACUGACAGCACCACAGAUGUUCUGGAGUGGGGUUUAUUGGAGGUGAGUCCUCCCAGUGUAGGACCAGAGGUUGUAGGGGACAUUUAAUUGCCUCUGGACUCCAGUUCCCAUCAGCCUUCUGUGAAUUGUUUUGUGGUGUUCAUCUAUUGAAAAUCUGUACUGUAACGUGUUGGAGAACUGCUGAUGGGGAUAAUAUUCCUUUACCCAUGUUAUGUAAAAUGAGGGGGAUACAAAUGUUUUUGUUUUAAUACAUUUUGAUUUGCAUAACACAUACAGUGAAAGCUAAGCCUUUGCAAGUGUUUUAAAAUAUACAUAGCGCAGGUACCAAAACAA